AUGUACUUGAGUUUUCAAAACAAGUCAUUUUGGGAAAGCCUGCAUUUAAAAAACGGCCUUGAGGACUGGGAUAUGGCAGAGGAGCUCAGACUCACCAUCACUACUGAAGACUUUCUGCAAGAACCUGGUGUUCAGCCCCAUCUGUGGAUGUGGGUAAACCCCAGCCUGGUCUGCCCCAUCCCUGGGAGCCCUGGCGUAGACCCGGCCAGGUCCGACGGCCCAGCGGCCUCAGUUGCUGGUGCCACAGAAACCUCCUCUCCGAACACAUCCUGGGACUACUCUGACCCGUACUGCUCCGAGGAGGACGAGCUGUCAUCCUCCAGCGAGGCUGGAAAGCUUACUGAGGAUGAAGACGCUUUGGGCGCGAACGUCCCAGUUCCUCAGGAGAUGCCGGAAACUCCUGAACUCAAGGUGACGCCCAUGCCUUGGAAAUCCGCAGUCCUCAGACCUCAGAGCAUGAAGCUCAAGUGCCCCAGGCAGACAAGCACCAAAAUCAGGGGAGGCUGGCCCCGACCCCCCCUGAAUUACUGCGUCCUCAUCACCCUCGCCCUGUGCAACAGCGCAAGUGGCAGUCUGACCGUACAGCAGAUCUACCAGUUCACACGGCAGCACUUCCCAUUUUUCCAAACAGCCCCAAAGGGCUGGAAAAACACGAUCCGACACAACCUGUGCUUCAGCAGCUGCUUUGAGAAAACCACCGGCUUCGUGUGCGGCGAAGGAACCCGCAAGUCCUGCCUGUGGAAAGUGACUCCAGAAGGACGCAGAAAGUUUCGGGAGGAAGCGCAGGCCCUGCCCAAAGAGGCUCUUGACUUGGUGCGCCAAAGCAUGAGCGAACCGG